CGAAACGAACGACGAAUGUUAACAACAGAGAUCCGAACUAGUGCAACUGUAAUGUUAGCAACCGCAAGCAACCAUGGGCUUCGUUUUCUGCGCUUCUGUGCUUCACUCUCUCCCGUUGCUGCUGCAACUGCGCCUGUAACCCCAUCGCUUGUAACUAGUUUUGGCGCCUUAACCCUAAUGGAGGCCAGCAACACCAAGAGCCCUUCUUUCUCCGCUUCUGCCCUUCCCAGAAGAAGUGGUGGUAAAGGUAGGAGUUCGGAGAUGAGAGAAGAUCGGCAGCGACCGGCAGGCGGAAGGGGACCCGCCAAAGAUAAAAUUGACGCUCUUGGGAGACUCUUAACACGCAUAUUGCGCCAUAUGGCUACUGAAUUGAACUUGGAUAUCCGGAAUGAUGGGUAUGUCAAGGUGAAUGAUCUCCUGAAGAUGAAUAUGAAAACAUAUGCUAAUAUCCCAUUAAGAUCACACACGGUUGACGAAGUUAGGGAGGCAGUCAGAAAGGAUAAUAAACAGCGAUUUAGCCUCUUGGAGGAAAAUGGGGAACUGUUGAUUCGUGCAAACCAAGGGCAUACAAUAGAGAUCAUUGAAUCUGAAAGUUUAUUAAAGCCCAUUCUUUCAGCUGAGGAAGCUCCAGUCUGUGUACAUGGAACCUAUAAGAGGAAUCUGGAAUCAAUUCUGCAGUCUGGUCUGAAACGUAUGAAAAGGUUGCAUGUUCAUUUUUCAAGCGGUGUGCCAACAGAUGGGAGUGUAAUUAGUGGUAUGCGACGGGAUGUUAAUGUGUUAAUUUUCUUAGAUGUCAGAAGGGCCCUCGAAGAUGGAAUGAAGCUGUACAUUUCAGACAACAAGGUAAUCUUGACUGAAGGCUUCGACGGUGUUGUGCCUGUCAAAUAUUUUGAAAGAAUAGAAACGUGGCCAGAUAGACAACCGGUUUCUUUUUAAGCCAAGUGGUCAGGUGCUAGGAUGGUGAGACAUGAUUAUCAUGCUCGGUCAAAUGCUUUGAGAAGAGAGAAUCAAUGACCAAAUAGGCAGCUCCUUUCCUUUUUCUUUUGAAACUGUCAGUGAUAACUAUGUAAUAACUAAUCUGAAUAUUCCAUAUUGUUGGAAUGAAAGAACGCUGCGCAAUGGAUGGAAUACCUAAGCCAUGUUUCCAUUCUUCUAAACAUUGUAUUUUGUAGUUCCGAUAAAAUGAAAAAGGUUGUUUCAUGUCUCA